GGCUUUCGCGUGCAUAGCGCUGCGGAACUGCGACGGUGCGAGUGCUUGAUUACUCCGUAUCCAUACAUCAGCUCUUUCUUCUCUUAAUUAAAUCCUUCGGUUCCAUUUAGGGUUUGUCUGUCGAAUUGUGGCAGCGGGGGUCCUCUCUAUUUGUUUAUUGUUUGAAUCAAUUGAUUUCCCGUCCCAUCUAUUUUAUAGCUUACGGCAAGAUUUUGGAGCCUUGAUGGCUCACAACAGUAACAAUGUCACCGGGGUCGACAACACGUUCAGAAGAAAAUUCGAUCGAGAGGAAUAUUUGGAACGUGCUCGGGAGCGUGAGAGGCAGGAAGAGGAGGCGCGAUCUAGACCUAAAACGAAAGGUCCUCCAGUUCAGAGGAAACCGUUGAAACAUAGAGAUUAUGAGGUGGACCUUGAAUCUCGCUUGGGGAAGACUCAGGUUGUUACUCCAGUUGCACCACUAAGCCAGCAGGCCGGAUACUACUGCUCAGUUUGUGAGUGUGUGGUAAAGGAUUCUGCUAACUAUUUGGAUCAUAUUAAUGGAAAGAAACAUCAAAGAGCUCUGGGAAUGUCUAUGCGAGUAGAGCGUGCUUCUCUUUCACAGGUUCAGGAACGAUUUGAAGUUCUUAAAAAGCGGAAAGCUGUUGGAAGCUUCACUGAGCAAGACCUGGAUGACCGGAUCUUAAAACAGCAACAAGAGGAGGAAGAGAGAAAGCGACAGCGACGGGAAAGGAAGAAAGAAAAGAAGAAAGAGAAGGAAGUUGAAGAAACGCCUGAAACAGAUCCUGAUGUUGCAGCUAUGAUGGGGUUCGGUGGCUUUCGGUCAUCCAAGAAAUGAGCUGCCAUAUGCUUCAUGAUGGAUUUUUAACGACCAUUUUGUAAUGUUAAGCUAGAUUUGGUAUCUGUUGCCCACCCCAAGCACAUGCUGAAAGGAAAACAAGGAUGCACCAAGAGCAAAAGAGGUUGCUUAUCUUAGCUGGAGCUUGAUGGACUCAGUCUAUGAAUGUUGCGAUUCGUUUGGAUCUUGUACGUUUCUUAUUUUAGCUGGGGAUCCUUGCAUUUUCACUCGAGUCCUCUAUCUGGAAAGAUGAAGUGAUGAUCCCAACGGGAUCAUUUAAACCUCAUGGCAAGGAAUUCUGCAUGAUUGUAAGCCCAACUGCCCAAGUUUACUGAUCACUUGCAAUUAUUCUCGUGUGCCCGGAGUGAGAGACAGCAUAUGGUAUGUUAAUGCUUGUACCCUGAUAAAUUAACAUCAUUCCUCAAA